UUGCACACUCCGACUCAAAUGCAACAGUUUUGGUUCACAGGCCUCAAUUCCUUAAAAUACCCACGAUGGAUUUCGAAAUCAUCGCAAAUUUACAGAAUUUUUACCGUUUGGAAUAUGACAAUGGAUUCUAAAUCUUCUGGUUCGACUGAAAAGCAAGAUCUUUCAAUACAGCUGCAGAGACCGUUGGUUCCUCAAUUGGAAACGUUAAGACCGUCUGAUCUGAAGUUUGACCGGCUUCAGCCAUCCGAUCAAGAGUUGGUGGAUCAAGACAGAUUUCAAUUUGGGAAAUUCGUGGCGCGAGAAGCUGUUCUCGAUGAAGAAUAUUGGGUAGCAGCAUGGCUACGAGCUGAAAGUCACUGGGAAGACCAAACAAACGAACGAUAUGUUGAUAACUACAAAAGGAAAUUUGCAGAGCAGGAGUUCAAUGCCAUAAAACGGCGAUGCAGAGGGCAGCAUUGGCAGAAAUACUUGUGCAUUGUCACGGUUAAGAAGGAGGAGAGGAAUGUAAAACGCACCAUUCUGAAAAGUGUAGUUGGAACACUUGAUUUGAGCAUCCGGUAUCUGUUGCAUGGAGAGACCUAUCCUGGGGAACGGGUAAUGGCUCCUCUGUUUGGCUGCAUUAACAAAACAGACCCAAAUAGAUAUGGUUAUAUUGCAAAUUUAUGUGUAGCCAAAUCAGCACGUCGCCAGGGUAUUGCGAGAAACAUGUUGCAUUUUACCAUCGAAUCAGCCAAAUCUAAUGGUAAAAUGAAACAAAUAUCUUCGCUUUAUAAACAUAUGAACUCUGCAGAAAAUAAAAGACAGCUAAGGCGUCCUCCUGACCUGUCUUUUGGGUUGCAGAUGUGGAUCGGUUAUAUGUGCAUGUGCAUAGAAAUAACAAACCUGCUCUGGAACUGUAUGAAAAGAUGGGUUUCGAGCUGUCACAUUCAUAUGAGAUGGUUGGAAUGGGAAGCUCUCAAUUCUUAGAGCAGACUGACUUGCUGUGCAUAAAGAUAUAAAAAGUUCAUUCAACACACAUUGUUGAAUUGUUUUUAUUUUCUUUCGUACUCCAUGAAGAAAUGAAACAAGUGUACGUGAAGAAUGUAGAUUAAUGUUAUGCUUACAUGAAAACCAAAUUGGGGGAGUGGAAACCCAUAGAUAGCAAUCAUUUAGAUGUGAUCAUGUAUGAAAAUUCAAUUGUAUCAAUGUAGUUACUCCAUUUGUAAAUGUGGUUUAAUUUUCUGGCCUUCACUAAUAAUAUUUGUCAAGGCUGGUCCAGCUUUUACUUCUCUUUUGGGAUUGUUGUAAUACCAAAUUUUCGAGAAUAGACUUGAUUUCUAUAAAGAUUGAAUAGUUCAACAGAAA